CCUUCCUGAGCGUGCUGUGAGGAGCGUUGGGCCUGAGACGGGUGUGUUUAUUCGAUCCCGGUUCUUUCUGACCACUUGAGACUCACCAGGGAGAAAUAUGAGUGGGCAACUGGCAUCAACACUGGGACCUGUAGAUCAAGAUUCCUCCUGGCUUGAUGAACCUGUGGUUGACCCGCAGCCCAGUGUUGAGCAACCUCAAGAAGAGGAACCACCAGCUGAGAUUCAGGAUAUCACACCUGAAAAGGAGGAAGUAACUGGAAAGGAUCCAGUGAAUCCUGAUGAAGAGAAGGAGAAGGAUGCCUCUGAAGAUUCUGUCCUGGAAACUGGUCUCCGGGAAUUGGCUGUGGCAAAGACUGGGGGUCAGGGUGGAGAUGGUCCUGAUGUCAAGGAGGAGAUUGCAUCAAAUAGAGAGCCUGUUGAAAUGCCAGAAGCAGGGUGUUUUUUGUUGUUAGAUAUUUUACUGAAUGUGUACACAGGUUUGCCUUCUACUGAAAAGGACCUUCUGCAUUGA